UCUUUAACAGCUUUAAAUGUUAAACAGUUUGAGUCACCAAUGACACUUGCAGGGCGGGGAGAUAGCCUACAUAGAGGGAAAGCAUGCACUUAGACACGUAGACUAAUUACUCUGGACAUUGUUUCAAGCGACGUUCAAAGAUGCUUCUCGUGCUAUGCGCGCUGUCGGUGGUGGUCGUGGCAGAGGAGACGCACUGUGGUGGCACGCCCGACCGAUUGUGUGAUGUGAAACCUGAGGCAGUCUACUACAAGGAACCACCGAUCACAGAUUCAGAGGUGUCGUACAUGCAGUUGAAGACUAUGUUUCCCAGCAGCAGUAUUCAACUGUUUGACGUCCGCAAUCCAGAUGAGUUUGAGGCUGGACAUAUUCCUGGCUCCACCAAUGUCCCACUCGGGGAACUCCAGGAGGCUCUGAGACUGAGCUCAGACCAGUUCAAACAGAGGUUUGGAGUACGUGCCCCUCAUAAGGAGGAUAGCAGCAUUGUGGUCUACUGCCAGAGAGGUAGACGGAGUGCAACUGCACUUGACAUAAUGUGGGCUCUGGGAUUCAGCAGAGCUCGUCACUAUGCUGGAGGAUACAGUGACUGGGUCCAGCAUGAAGAGCAGUGAGGCAGAGGAGGCACUAGGUGUAAUUUGGGAGAGGGGAAGCACUGUGACCGUGAAGUAAUCCAUGUCCAUGCCACGUCCACAGGGUCCUGCGCUGGUCUUCUACACCGCUGUGAAUAUAGGAACGUCCCAUUUAAACACUUGGAGGGGAAAGGGGGUUGCAUAAGCAGCUUGGCAUCACAAGAUGCGUCAAUCGAAGCCACCAAGCUACACUGCAGUCCCAAUUUAUAGCCACCUGAGGGCAACGGAGACUUUCAAUUUGAGACCUCUGGACCAGGCUCAAAUAUAGCUAUGAAGUGAGUGAGCUGUUAGGGUAAGAUUUGUGGGUCUCAUCUUACAGAGCACCGGUGUCCGUAUGGUCCCUCCCAGCACUCCCAGAAUCCCACUCGCAAUGGACAGUCAUUAUGAGAGGCUCACUGGCUGACAAAACCGAGAGCGCUCGCUAGAAAUCGGUAUUAUAAUAGCUGACGUGUACACUCUUAGAAAAAAGGGGUUCUUCGGCUGUCCUCAUAGGAGAACCCGUUUUGGUUCCAGGUAUAACUCUUGGGUUCCAUGUAGAACCCUAUGUGGAAAGGGUUCUACCUGGAACCAAACCGGGUUCUGCUAUGGGGACUGACGAAGAACCCUUUUAGAACAAAAGGUGCCAUCUAGAACCUGAGAGUAUAGGUUAGCGUGAGACUUCCUAUGCUUCUAUGUCAGAACAACUUGGCGUAGCAGAAAAGGGUGUGUAGUGCACGCUAGCCUGGUUUGGAGCUUGGCGGAAGUGGGCAGUAUCUGUUUGUGUGUCCAAAUAAAGGUGCUCCUUCAGAGUCCCAAGCGGGAAGGUUGUGAGAGAACAGCAGUACAGCCCAGCGUCAUCCUUCUGUGUCUCUCUUAACGUGUGUCCAUGCAUCGUCACAGCAGAGACACUGUCGAUUAUAAUCCUUCUCCACGAAAACAGGGUAGUUUGUGUUAGAAACCAGAAUCCUACGGCCAUCUCACCUGUAAAUCCACCCCCGCCCUCGCCUUCUCCAGACAGCUCGCAGAACCGUGUCACAGCAUAACCAGUCUUUGCCGUGAUGUUCUCAACCCGGUCUGCAAAAGAACCUUGAGGGGGAUGGAUGUGUGGAGUCUAAAUGACUGCUGUAGGUUAUGACAAUCUUUUUGGAUAUUAUCUUAUCGUGUUGAAGAAUCUGACAUCCACAUACACGUCUAACUUUUUGUUCUCUAUCCUCAUGAGAAAGAAAAAAAUUCAUUUUUUUUUUGUUCAAGUGGAAUAUUGAAAAUGUUCCUGUUAUUUCAGCUGUUUGAGUUUGUUCCUAAUUGCUGUACAUAUUGGUGUUGGACAGUGACCCUGUUGAUAAUCUACUGGAUUUCCAGUCUUUAGUUUGUUUACAUUGUGGUAUUUGUUAUUCAUUUCAAUGUCCUCUCCCAUUUAUGGAAUUAUAGCCGAUAUACUAAUUAGCUCACAAACUUAAGCAUAUUCAUACACUAUAGAAACAAAUAUAUAUAUAUACAUAACUUCUCACAACUAAAGGGAUUUCAUAAUAUCUGUACAUUAUAGGAACAAGUGUGACUACAAAAGUACAAUGAUGGUUUGCUUGAGAUUAAGAAUCAGUGGUAGACACAUUGCAAGUGCAUGAAGAGGUCAACUGUAUAAAGUCAUAUGCCUGUGUGUUGAAACUAUACUUUUCGGUAUCGGCUGGAUAAAAGGAACUAAGAGUCCCUGUGUUAGCAAUAAGAGGAAGAAGGAUUGGUAAACUAACUGCCAAUAAAACAAUAAGCUGAACUCUGCCUAGCAGAGACAACUUUGUAUUAGCAACUGAUAAUUAUCAGAGUUUAUAUGGUAUUAAAGUGAAGGGACAUCACGAACCAUAGUAGGGGAUAAAAAGGGAAAACACCAUCUUGAGAACGGAGUGUCUCGCUUGCAAAUGACUAAGUGUGUACUCCGGGUUGCAAUCCUUAUUAAACAAACUAACCUCUG